AUGUCGCUAGAUCCAAAUCAUAGGGCACUUCUAAGGAAGAGUUUGUCUAGCAAAAGUACCCAGCAACCGGAGAGGAAGAAGAGGAAAAGGCAUGUCAGUCCACCGGAGGAGAAUGAUGAUAUUACUGAAAUGUUUGAAGUUGAGGAUUCCUCUGACUCCAUGGAAUUUGAAGAUGUCGACAUAGAGGCUCCUGAGGCACCUCCACCAACGAACCCGACUACUGCAAAUGACGGGUCUGAACUGGAAGAAGGCUCCGAUGACUUCGAGGACCUCGAGGACGUUGAUAUAGAAGCUAUGUUGGACGAGCCGCUGAAGCCAGAAGAGUCGAUUACGAUCACCAUCAAUGAGCAGAAAAACGAGGAAACUAAGGGCAAGAAGAAGAAGGUCGUCACUGUACCCAAGCAAGAACGCCACAGAAGAAAGCUAGUGCAUCAAUUGUACCUUAUGACUAUGCUUGCACACGGAGCCACGAGGAAUUUGUGGUGCAAUGACAAGACACUACAAGAAUUGCUUGUGGAGAACUUCCCUCCGGGCCUCAAAAACCACUUUAAUCCGGCCGCUUCGCUUAUCGAUUUUGUGAAACAACGACAUUUUGUGGAAGGCAUUCAAAAGCUUGUGAAACACUGGCGUUUCCGGGUAAUGGCGCAGGGACUAGUGAGGAAAGAUUGGGGAGAGCUUCUGAUAAAGCAAGAGCUGACAAUGCAUAAUGUCAAUCAGGAUCGUUUUAGGCAAACAAUCUGUGCAUUUAGAGGCUCCAGAGAUCUUGGUGCACAAGGAUUUGUGAGUCUCCUACGAGGCUAUGGACUCAAUGCGAGACUAGUCUUUUCCUUGCAACCACCAGAUUUCCGAUCGAUCACCCCUGCAAAAACUCCUGAUGAGGAAGUGAAGGAAGAAAAACCUGUUCUCAAAAAGAGGACUGGCUCUGAGUUUGACGAGGUGUUCAUUCCCGAUGCCAAAGCGGAGUUCUUGCUGGGCAUUCGAGGUGCUGAGACAAAGAACCAGCGUCGAGAAAAAUCGAAGAAAAAGUUCAAUUUUCCAAUUGCACAAUAUCCAGUGUUUUGGGUUGAGGUGUGGAAUCCGUAUCUGAAGAAAUGGCUCACAGUGGACCCGAUUGUCAACAAAUCAGUUGAAGUUAUGCCCAUGCGUAAAAAGGGCAAGUUCGAAUCAGCUGCUCUGGAUCCAACAUAUCAAACAUUAUACGUCUUUGCUUAUGACAAGACUGGUGAUGUGAGAGAUGUGACACGGCGGUACACCCAAUACUACAAUGCAAAGACAGUGAAGAAGAGAAUUGAUUAUCUCUCAGACAAGGAUGAACAUUGGUUCGAACGAGUAGUGAAAGCCGUUCGCCGCCACAAAAGUUAUGGACUUCCGGAGAUCAAAGAACUGAAUGAGUUUCUUUUAAGAGACCAGUAUGAAGGUGUUCCAAACAACAUGACAGACUUCAAGAACCAUCCUCUUUAUGCUUUGGAGUCACAAUUGCGUAAGGAUGAGGUGAUUUACCCCAACGACGAUAGCAGCAAGUGUGGAACAUUCAGACCCAUGAACAAAGACAACGUGGUACCCAUUUUCAAGCGCUCACAUGUUUUCAGACUUCGAACCGCAAAAGCUUGGUAUCUCCGAGGAAGGGUACUCAAGAUCGGAGCUCAACCUCUCAAAACCAAAGAAAAGCAACUAGCUCAAAUGGAGGAAGAAGACGAAGAUGGUCUCGUCAGGCUCUAUGCGGAGUUUCAGACACAACUUUAUCAUGCGCCUCCAAUUGUUAACGGUGAAAUACCGAAGAACGCUUACGGCAAUGUCGAGAUUUUUGUUCCGUCAAUGAUGCCUGAAAACGGUUAUUUGGUGCAUGUGUCAGAGAAGCUUCCGAUCAAGUUGAUCGAGAGGGCUGCGAGGGACUUUCUCAAGAUCGACCAUGCACGAGCAAUUGUUGCAUUUGAUUUCACAGAAAAAAACUCAAAAAACAAAAGAGCGCCUACUGCAAGGGUCGGGGGUGUUCUAGUGGAUGCUCAAUACAAAGAGGCUAUUGAUCUCAUUUUGGAGGGCUUAAUUGAUCUCGAAGAAGAUGAAAAGAGAAGAAAGGUCGAGCUCACAGCCUUGAGAGGCUGGAGCUUCUUCCUCAAGAAGUUGAUGAUCAUGGAUCGACUCAACAAGCAGCACGGGGAGGUUGAUCAGGAUGAGAAUUCCGAAGGUGAAGGUUACUACAGUGUGGGAAGUGAGAGCGAAUCUGGAGGUGACGAAUACAAUGCACCUCAACCUCGAGGCGAGAGAUUCACAAAAAGGAGGGGCGAGGAGGCUACAAUUGACGAGAUGGAGGACGAUCAGUUUGGAGGCUUCUUGCCAAAUGAGGUAAGUCCAUCCGCCUCUAUCACCGAGUUAGACGAUCCACAUACAAUGCAUAGCGUCAAAAUGGAGCCCAAGGUGGAAGAGGUGAGUGAAGAUGAAGGAGGAUUUUUUAUGUCUGAGGAACCCAAAAACUCCAUGGAUUCUGAAAGUGCACAGGCUGAUUCACAGGCAGGAGAAAGUCCACAAAACGAUCCUCUUGAGAAUGGAGGCUUUUUCCCUGAUACAACGAACGACAACGGCCACAGUUCAGAAGAAAAUGAUAUCAGUGUCAAAAAAGAGAGCCUGAGCUCAAUCUCAAGUCUCGAAGCGAGCCCAGUAAUUCCGGAGGGUGAAAAAGUUGAUUCAUCUAUUGAUGACGGAAUCGAAGACACGGCACUCGGCAGCAAAGCGCAAAAUGAAGCGAUCAACUGCACCCCUACUAAAGAUAGUACAAGCCUCGGUGAACCAAGUCCAAACUUAGAGACAGACAUGGGGGCGGUGAGAAAAGCAACUGAUCUUGAUAAUCUGGCGUUAAAUGCUGUCAGACUAUCGAGCACUGAUAACAAAACAUCUUCAUUUGAGGAUGCUGACGUGGACGAGGAGCUAAAGGAACAAAUCCAACAAGAAGAGGAUGAAAUGGGAUUCGAAUACAUGUCCCUCCCAUGGCGAAAGGUGCUUUUCGUUGUUGGAGCAUUUGUGCUCAUUUCGGUGGGUUUAGAAACGGGACUCAUUUUAUGGCUACGUCCACUCUACCGUCGUGGCAAAGAGUGGCCAAUGCUUGUGAUUGGCAUAAUUGCAUCUGUUCUUCUAGCGUUGGGCUUGGUGCCGCCAUAUUUCGAGCUUGCCAAACGAAAGGGUAGAGUUGUUGGCAUAAACUUCUUCUUUCUUGCCAUGGACUCCUUUGGUGCACUUUUCUCCUUGAUCAGUAUUGUUGUGGGGACGAUGGACAUUAUGUCGAUGGUGUUAUAUGCUAUCGUGAUGGCCAUGGAAAUCGGUAUUUUCCUCAGUCAAAUUGGAUGGUACCUAACAGGGGGCCGGAAAAUCAUCAAGGAAGAAAAGGCACAUAAGUGCAUCGAGAAAGAAGAGAGCUUUGGUUCGGAGAACUCUGAAGACGCUUUCGAAGAAGUCACGGAGAAUUCUCCCGACAAGCAAUCUGCUUUUUCUCCAUUGAACUUUGUGGAUGACGCCUCGUCCAAAAAGGACUUGGAGGAAAACCACACAAGGGAGAUUGAGAUAGAAACGGCAUUCAAGACAUUUCAAGAAGCCAUAACGCUCCAAAAGAGGAAGCAAUUCGUCGAGGCAUAUGCCAAAUACAAGGAGCUUCAAAAGAAAGAUGUCAUUUACAAUCAUUAUUACGAAGAGACAGAGUUUGUCAAGGGCUUGCAGAAUGGCAGUCUCAAUACAAGACCAGACGAGCUCAGCUACUUGUCUCAAAACGUCAAAACCAUACGAUACCUAUACUUCAGAAACAGAGGAUUCCUUUACUUCCACAUCCUUCAAAGCGGCGACUCGUUGAUCGAGGAGGUGCUUCAAAAAGAUCAAUCGCUUCCAGAUGCCCAAGAGAUCACCCACAAGGAGCUCACCAAUGAACUAUUUUACCUGAUGAUAGACGACUUUGUCAAUUGCUUUGUCUACCUGGAAGUUGACGAAAGUCUUCUACGGCUCUUGUAUGAUCUAUUCACGUUCUUUGACUUGAAGAAGCUAGCGAGAUACACUCUAGAAUACACCCUACUGCUAGGCCAGGAGAGUGAGGACGUCAUCAGCGUUCUUCCGAUGAACGAAUGGGUGAAACCUGUCUGGGAAGAUUUCAAGAAACGUGGUCUUUCUAAUGAGUCAAUUACCCCGGAAUUGGAACAGAAGUUGUCGUUCUUGGCUCCCAUCCGCGAGGACUUCAGAUCACUGGUGCAGAAACGUUUACAGAAACGAAGCUUAAACGUGACCAUCAAACCUCAGUCAUCAUGGCUGGAUGUGAUAGUGGCAUUCAACCAGGCCAUCAAGCACGCCCAGGAUAAGGAUAAGCAAGUGGACUAUCUCAAAUAUUCACUGUCCAAGUUUGUGGAUCCCUAUGUCGCGUCGGAGUCGAUGUUGGACUCUACUAGCUACUCGUUUCCAGUCCCCGAGAAAGAAUCAACCCCGCUUCCGGAGGCUCCACCUGAGCCCAAGGUAGAAGAAGUGAAGGAGGAAGACGAGGCUCCGAAGGAGGAACCUAUAGAAGUCGAAGAGGAAGUGACACCAGUGCCAUCGAACGAAAAUGUUCCAGAAAAAGUUGUGCAACGUUCUUCUAGACGUUUGAACAAAGAAGAGAACAUCGUCUUCGAACUUGACGACGUUCAACUCACGAGGCAUCACUAUUUCGAGACAGUGGCCUUUUUCAAACAUCUCAAUUCACUGUUGCAAUCAGCAUUUCACACGAACGAUGAUAUUCUACAUGAUGUUGUUUGUCAUAUCGUGGACGCUGAUCUCACAUCAAAGUCGCCAACAUUCGUACUUGACUUCGUGAAAACACUUAAUGAAUGGAAACCUCACAUUCACACAGAGCUUCUCCUCUCCACGAAAAAAUCGGGUGUCAACAACAGCGAGGCUGAUGCAGAUAAACUCAAACUUUUGGACGUGUUAACCCACUUCGGUAAUCUGAACUCUUCCAACUCGGAUACAAUUGCGGAGCUACUAGAUGAUGUCGAGGAUUACGAUUACAUCAGAGACUUUUUGCAGAAGAGUGGAAAUGACGUCGUUCCGAAACAUGCAAGGACCAAUAUUCUUUACCAUCUACUUGGUGGUGAUAAUCCAAGCAUACUUGCAUACUCUUGGUCAUCAUCGCUAUACGAUAAUGUGAGGGACUGGGUUAUACAGCUCGAACCUGAAACCUUCCGAAAGCUAUCCUCAGUCAACUCAACGUUAGACGAUCUUAGAGUCUGCUUGAGCAUAUUCGAGAUGUUCGUGGAUGCAUACAUUUUCGUAAAGGGUCAUAUUGACAAAGUAUUAGCAAACGAUACUAAGGGAGGCUUAACUAAGGCCGCAAAGCUGAACUUGAAUGCUCUAUCUGUGGACUUAGUGCAUCUUGAAGAACGCCUUCGAGCACAGAGUGAAAUCCUUCAAUCAUCUCGUCUUCAAGGCUACCAAAGGGAGACAGAAUCGAAAGCAAAUGCUGUUUUGUUUUGCCGGUAUAUCUGGCUGAUGAAUUACUUACUUGCCUCUCAGAGUUUCUCCUGGAAAGAGAAAAAGUUUGUGGUCAUUCACCUUCAGCACAUCAACCCAGUUCUAAAGAAAUUCCCUGACUUAUCCAUUUCGUACCCAAACUAUACAUCGAUUGGAAAUCUUAAUUCUGAAAAUUACGAAAGGCGCUCCACGACGUCCUCGAUCCUAUCUAUUUUCUCCAAAAUUCUUUGGAGUGAAAAAUCAGCCACUGGUGGAGCCGAGGAAACCAUCGAGCUACUCGAAAACAUACUUAUCGACAAAGGAGACACCAACAAUGGCGCUUCAGGAGACUCAGAUGGCAGUUUGGUGAACUCCGUAAUUCAUGGCAGAGCAAACUUAGACAAGUCAUCUCUUUCUAGUGUCAGUGAGUUCCUCGAUGUCUGUCCUAUCGACCUCAAGUUGAGCCUUUGGAACAUUCUUUUUCUGUACUACGAAGACACGAAACUGUUUGAUAGCUUCCAGAGAGGUUUUGAGCAAAACGCCAAAUUUAUGUUGUCGUAUUUCAAGGGCAAAUAUUGCGAAAUCAAGGGUGAUCGUUCCACAAUCUUGCUUAAUACGCUCAACUAUUUUGGUGGUUAUCUUCGCAUCUUUCUCAAGCAUUUGGCAGCUAAUGAUUGGCGUCUUCCUAUCAAUGACACUCAAAACUCAUUGGAGACCAUUAAAAGUCUUGCACAAAUCUUUGAGCUCUUUUACUGCUUUAGCUUGCACGAAGAAGCUGCUCUUAUCACAGGUGCCAAGUUUUCCGUUGAGCUGAAAUCUAAAAAAGCUUUCCAGCGUUUGAAAGAUUUCUGCAUCGAAACUGUGACGAUUAUUCUUGUUUAUGGUAUCAAUCAACUUAAGAGCGAAAAUUGCGACGAGCAAGCUCUUGUGGAUCUUCUUCUUCUCGUCCACAACCAAUUGGGCAUCAGACGUCUUUGUGACUCUUCUAAUGGAGUCUUCCUCAAGCUUGCUGAAGACACCUUAGUUGUCCUCAAGGAUAGACCUGAUCGUGAACUUUCACAAUUGCUCUCGUGCAGAUUCCACUAUAAAGUCAAGAUAAAGGACACUUUCCCCACCGACCAUGGUACCACAAGGUAUGCUCUUCUUGAAAAAGCAAGUGCCACUGAGCUCGCUAAAUUUAUUUUGCCAUUAUGUUUCAGACAUAACCCUCUAUUGAAGGUUCCGAGAAAUGAUAUGAAGCAAGUUGCUGAUGAUAUCUUCGAAGUUUUGAAGGAGCUAGAUCUCGAUUCUGAUAAAACUCUUGUUCAGAAUAAUGCAAAGAUCGAAAUGUUCUAUCAAAACACAAUCAUAGACUCGAGAUUCAUCAAGCGAGCCUUUUACGGUCUCGUUGAUUUGUAUUUUGAGAAUCCAGUACGGGACUACACCAUUGCUAAUAUGGGGUUGUAUUUUGUGGAAGCAAUCUUCAUGUUCAACUCAUACAAGAUUAGGAAAAAGUCGGCACAAAGCAGGACAGUCGAACUAGCGAAAAUCAUCAAGCUCUUGAAGGAUGAUCUCAUUUGCGGUAGUGAGCGUGUCGAGUCUUGGAUUCUUCUCGGUCAAGCCUAUGGUUACAUUGUGGAGGACGACUUGAUCUGGACCUCGGAUAAGUUGAACAUCAUUGAGAGAAAGGUUAUUACAGCAAAUCUUCAGAGACAGUCGCUCUUGAGUUAUAUCAUGGCGAUUAAUAUCCUUACUCAAAAAGGUCUCACUGACUCUGAGCAAUAUAAGCCAGUGAUCAGUGUGCUCAUGAACUCGUUUGUCAAGGAGCUUUAUAACGCCAAUAGAGCUCCAUUGGACAUGAUAGCAUUCAAGACGCAACGAAAUGCUAAAUUUGUGAGGAAGCGUCAUACAACGAUGUUGCAACCUGUUGCCGACCAAGCAACUCUCACGAACUCAUUUUGUUUCAAGCUCAUGCAACAGUGUCUCCAUCUUGCUAUCAGGUCGAAUGACGAAGAAUGGAGCUCCUUCUAUUAUUUGGCUAAGCUUCAAAGUAAAUUGUCCAAACCCCCGACCAUGAUUUUGGACACAAUGCUGGAAAGCAGCAGAAUUGCAUGGAUACAAGGAAGUGCGGCAGACCCGUUCUUAGAACCGUCUUAUGCCUUAUGUUCGUGGAUCUACAAAUUCUUCAAGGCAGACAAGAUUACUUUGGUACAGGCUUUGGAUUAUUUGAAACGUGACGACUUUUUGAAGGUUAAGCCUACGACUGUGCUUGAGAAGCCUGAGGACCUCUACCGUCUUUUGAUCGGCUGCUUCAAAACCAUCAACUCCUUGGACAAAAGAGGCUGGUAUCAUAAGCAAUGUUACAGAAUGGCCAUGAUUUACUAUGAAGAGUUUGACGAUUUUAAAGAGGCCAGGAAAAUCAUGUCAAGAUUUUUCACCUUGAAGGCGACAAACAAGACUUACUUGCAAAUGUGGAAACCAGAGCAUGAAAGACCCGGAAAGCACUUUGUGUACAUGUAUCAGUAUACCGAGUUUUACAUCAAAUUGUUGCGCAGAGAACUUGACCUUGCAUCCUUAGUGCUCAUGCUCCCAAAGUUAAGACGAGCAAAUUCGACCAUGAUCAAGCUCUACUUUGCAUGGGAAAACAUCUGUUCCUCGAUUUGCAAACUUAUCAGAGUUAUUGCAAAGGUUGAGGAUGGCUCAACAGAGAAAUUUCUUUUCAUGAAACCCUACCAGAGCUUUGUUACCCAGGCCAAGCUGCUCAACGAAGCGAUGAAGGGUAAAAGUAUUCCCGACGGCUUGAAGCUGCACAUAUGCUAUUUACAUGUUAUCAAUGACAUGAGAAAACUCAACAAUGGUUUCGGUCCUACUUCGUUGAUUGAUGAUACCUUGUGUUCGGUAUACUUGAUGGUAUUCAAAGACCUCACUGAGAAGCUUGCGUUGAGUGAGAAGGAGGACAAGCCCAAGGAUCCAAACGCCGCACCAAAAGAAUCGACGAAGGUCAAGAGAUUGGCAAGAAGAGAUCUCUUCCCAUACAUAACUGGCCUUGUUAACACUAUGAAACGGGAUGUCGAAUCCGCACUCAAGGAUCAGCCUGACUUAUUCAAUGAAUUUAUAAGGGACUACAUCAGCGAGAGGAAGCAGCAGAUUAAAGCGCAUGAGAUUGAAAACUCUACCACCACUUUAAACAAGAUUGGUGAAGAUCGUUCCCCCGCCUUGUUGCCAGCUCCGGCAAUCCCAGAUCCGAAAUUACAGCUGGAUCAGAAUUCCACACAGGCUAACCCAACGACGCAGAACGCACAAAGUGCUCAAGACAAUCAGGCUGCACAAAAUUCGAAUAAUGUGGAGCAAGGUUCUGUGACUUCCCAAGCCCCACCGACUACCUCUACAGCGGGAGACUUGAGUUCUUCGACAAUUACUACGAUCAGCGAUCUCAAAGGAGGGUACACCACUCCAGCUCCGGAAGGUGCAGAGGGUAGUCAAGCUGCUAGUGAGCAGAGUUUGUUUUCCAGACCAUCUACCAUCACAGCGCCACUGCCUGGACGUACUGGCCCAAGAGCCGGCAUUAUAAAGAAGAGCUCGGUAGAUGAUGAGAUUGAAAGAUCUUUCCAAGCACAAGCUACUCAAGAUGAUACGUCUGAUAACGAAGGAAAGAAGCAGCAAAAAGUCAUUGAAGAUCAAGCCUUGGAGGCAACGGAGGAGUUGCCGGAAAAUGGAGACAGAGAUAGUCCUGUUGGCGGUGAGAACGCAACACCUAAGAACGAGGAAACGAAUGCACAAGUCGAGAAAGACUCGGACGGAGAUGGAAGCGACAACAAGACCGCCAAUGACAACCAACAGUCUAGCGAGGGUGUUGAAGAUCCAGAGGAAAAUGCUAAACGUCCAGCGGAAGAUCAAGCUGAGACCACUAGCAAAAAGCAAAAGACCAAGAAAUAG